UCACGUCGACAAUGGAGGUGAGUUGAUUGGUAGCCGGGGAGUGGAUUCAAUACGACACUGUAGUUCGCGAGAUGCUAUCUUUGUACAAUGAAAAAUGUCGGGUUGUCUUUCUUCGUUUUUGUAUAUAUAGAGCUAGACAGAGCGCCGGGUCAGCUCGGUCCGCCAUAGAAACUGGUGUGGAGGCCGUGGUUCCAUUCCGUGAGCGCGGAUCUCCGUCGUCCGACACUGCAAGUGAUGCGAGAGCAGUGAAAUUUCUCCAAUUCUGAGGGUUAGGUUAACACAAUGGGGUUGGCGAGAAAGGCAGUCGCAGAUGCGUCCAUCACAUUCCUAUGGGUGUUCGCUAUGGCGUCAUUGGGCGCCGUAUCGACGUCUAUCGCGCCGUCGUUAGGUCUGGAUGGGCCCGGAAAGGGAAAGAUGUAUAUCGUCUUCUCUUUGGUGUCAUUCCUCAUCUUUUUUUUCAGCUUUCUAGGGCAAGCGCUUGGAGGUGCGAGUUGGAACCCGACUACAAUCGUCGCCUUCUCGUUUGCGGGAGUUAGCAACGAUGACCUUUUCACCCUCGGUGUCCGCCUGCCGGCCCAAAUGGUGGGUGCGGUUGGGGGCGCCCUGACAAUCUGGGAGGUCAUGCCAAAGAAGUACAAGCAUACAUUGGGUGGUCCUAAAUUGAAAGUGCCUCUGGAGACAGGUGUGGCUGCUGAGACAAUUCUGACCUUCACUAUCACUCUAAUCGUUAUGUGGGCAAUCUUGAGAGGCCCACGCAACAAAAUCUCGAGAACCUUCAUCAUUAUUGGAGCUACCAUUGCCCUUGUUAUCGCGGGCGGUGCUUAUACUGGCCCUGCAAUGAAUCCCGCCAAUGCAUUUGGAUGGGCCUUUGUCUCUAACAAACAUACGUCUUGGGAGCAUUUUGCUGUUUACUGGGCUGGUCCCAUGAUCGGUACCAUCUGCGCUGUAUUGACUUUUAACCUGAUCUUCGGCCGUCACCAAGUUAAAGGCCAAGCCACUAAGAAAUCAAAGGCGAAGAAAACAAAGAAACCCGGCAGUGAAGGACAAGCAGCGAAGAGCAAGGGUCUUAAGAAGGAAUCGACAGGGAAUGCGGGUGACAAAAUGAAAGCAUCUUAGGCGUUGGAUUAUCUGGAGAAUGAGAUGGAGCUUUUGUGUUCUCAAGUUCAUUCGGUUAUGUAUAGCCUUACUACUGUAACUUAGUCAUAUUGUUGUGGAGAAUCUAAUUGUUUGCAAUGUGAACUUCACGAAUUCUUUUUGGCUGAAUCGUCAUGUCUUAGGCAAUGUGGGGUUCAAGAAUUCUGUUUUUUUGGCGAAACUAUGGACCUCCUUUUUGAAUCUUCGGGAUUGCAAUUUCCGACUUUGGUACAA